GUGAGGGGGUACGAGUCGCACCCAUUGUGACCGGAGGCGCAGCGGCUAUCGCGCCCAGAGCCCGGCAAGGCUAUAAUAAAGCUGGGAAGCGGCUUCAGCUCAGGGUGCCAUCACCGCAGCUGCAAAGCUGUUCCCGAUGCCGAGCUCCCAAAGGAUCUGCCCGCACUCCUGAUGUCUCGGGAGCAAGGUGCUGUUUAUUCCACACAGAGAGGUGCCAGCUGUGAGCAGGAGGAGAGUGAACUCUGCACCAUUCAUCAGGUGGUGAAUGAACCUCUGGAGAUCAGAUCAGCAACAAGAAAUACACUCAGAAGAUUCCUGGGUGAACGGUUCAGGUGCCAUCCCGUGGGCACGGCGGUGCUGAUUCUGCUGCUCCUGGUGCUGGUGCUGGCUUUGGGGGCGGCCUUGGCUGUGCAGUCAGCAGCACAGGUUCCAGUUACACCUGCAACCUCACAGUGUGUUCUGGGCUGUCCCUUUGAGUGGGUUGGGCACAAGGGGAUCUGCUACUACUUCUCACGGGAUUACAGCACGUGGGAGCAGGGUCAGGAACGGUGCUCCGAGCUCAAUGCCUCCCUGGCCAUUGCCCAGGAUGAGGAGGCCAUGGUGAGUGAGGGGCUGCGGGCGCUGUGGGGUGGCUGA